UGUAAAAAUGGGUCAAAGAUGAUGCUGACCAAGUAGAAAAAAAGAAAUGGUUGAAGCGGAUAGAAAGCACAAAGAAUGCCAAGUAGAAUUGUCUUUAGUGAAUGAGACAAGACCGAUAUCUCAGACCAAAUUUAAUCAUGAAUAUAAUAUCAAUAACAUGUACUAAGCCUACUACAAACAUUUCUAACCACUAUGGGAUGAACGACAAAAUAUCCUUUUAGAAAUCCAUGGAAUUUAUAUGUGUAUAGGAACUAAUCUUGCACUAAAAUUCAGCACUAAACAAGCAUAAAAUACGAAAAAACAUAAAUAAAAUCUCAAACCGGAAGCUAAAUAGUAGAAUCCAAGAACUAAAACCAAAGAUGACAAGAAAUGCAAACUUGUUUAGUGAAGAAAUCAGAGUUGAUAAAUCCUGGGCUCUAAGCACUAUAGAGCAUAACCUUAGUGAAGAGUCAGUCCCCGAUGUUAGUAUGAAAUCUGAGAUACAUUGGAUAACUGCUCAGCUCAGUCCGACCAAGAUAAACGUAAGAUUUUGGUAAUUACCCCGCAGAUCUUCCAACCUAAACGGAAGUAAUCUCAGAUAGAUCUUGAUCAAUAAAUGAUAUAGUGAAAAAUUUGGUUCUGUGCUAAUCACAAAUUUUCUAAAAUUUUAAAAAUAGCUUUAA